AUGAAUGUUUUGAUAUCGAUAUUUCUGGCAAUAUUUUAUCCAUAUCCAGUGAUUAUUAAUGCUAUAUUACAACAGAAUUCACCCGGUAGGCCACUGACAACAUUUCCGGAAUGCAGAAAUUAUGGCAGCAAUACUGAAACUUUAAGAGGCCCAUUCUUACAAUCCUAUAAAAAUAUUGCUUAUCCGGGUAUCAAAUUACGAAUCAACAGGAAUGCAUUCCUCUACGGUAGUGCAAUCAUUGCACAUAUGCUGAAUCAAGAAAUACGGAGGAUUCGAAUACCAUCGUUCACUCAAUGCCUUCCGGAAGUUAAUGGACGUGCUUGCCUUACAAAUGUACUGGUAACAAAUUACCGAUGCGCUCAACAUGUCUCAUUAUUUCCAAUAUCGCAUAAUCAAAUUGCCCUCAAUAUUCAAAAUUUUGAUCUAAGUUUGAAUGGACAACUUGGCGGACAAGUCGUUGUUCUAUUGCCUUUACCACUUUGUGGAACAUUGUGUAUCGAUGCUAGACAGAUUUCGAUAUCAUUGCAAAUGGCAAUUGAGCGUAAUCCAUAUAGUGGCGCAACAUAUAUUCGUAUGACUAAAUGUUCUUUGACACUUGGAUAUUUAAAUAUUCAUAUUAUUAAUGGCGGCAUCAUUGGUGAAGUUAUCAACAAUAAUUUUCAGAAUAAGAUUAUAUCGCAAGCUUAUGCAACAUUACCGGAAAAAUUUUGCAAUAUGAUACCAUCAUUGCUUGAUCAGCAUGUGAAUUCUCGACUAGUUAAUGUACCGCAAUGGAUCUCAAUUACUCAGCUGAUUUCAUAUGCUUCAUUCUUGAUCAGUAAACCGAAAAGGUUACCGGAAUAUUGUUAUUCCGAUAUUUGUAAACGCUAUUAUUCCACCAAUAUAUCAUUGACUAAUAAGAUACUUAAUACAAAAACGAAUCUCGCAGAUGGUGUGCCAAAUAUAGUCAGCCCAAUACAAAAAACGGCUGGAAACAAUAAAUCGUUAGCGACGUUAUUUAAUAAUACGUUACCGGAUAUUGUUGCGUUACAAGAGAUAAAUGAUCAGCAAUCAUCUGUACCUAUAAGAAUAAUUAAAAAAUUUCCUCAAAAGAUUAGAGCGGCAAAUGUGAAAAAUAAUAUGCGACAACAAUGUGCUAAUUGUGAUUACGAGAAAAAUGAAAUAACGUCAUAUUAUGUUGACAGCAUUAUGAAUAAUAUUCAAAUUUGCGCUUCGAACUUAUUUCUAUCAACAUAUUUUUUGGGUUCAUCAGCGAUAAAUUCUGGUUUAACUCUUAAUUUAUUAGGAGAAUUUAGUCCGAAUGCACAAGGUGGUACACCUUUUGGGCCACCAUUAUUGCAAUAUCCGGUAUUAGAUAGUGGAAGAAUGUUUGAUAUUCUUAUCAGUGAUUAUACAUUCAAUACAUUAUUUCAUCAUUUGCAUAGGAAAGGUAUUUUUAUGUUUCGAAUCGGUCCUGAAAUGCCAAUUAUUGGUGAUUUAUUAAAUUUAACAUGCUCAGCGAAUGAUAUCGAUUUUGAAUUGAAUCUCGAAUUACAGGAUGAGAAUAAUAAUACGACUUUGAAUGAAACCGAUUCGCAGCAUGAUCGUAAGAAACGUCGUACAACAAUUGAUACUUUCUUGAAUUUUGGUAUAUGUUUGGGUGAUAUUGCACCAGAAAUUCGUGAAAAAUAUCCUGGGAAACGAGUUUACAUUGUCGUCAAAACAAACCGGGCACCAUUCAUACAAUUUCAAGCUACUAAUAGUGGCACUCUUAUAAUUGAAUUUAUAAUAGAUGGCAUCAUAUUUUUGGAAGGUACCACUAAGAAAAUUGGUCAUAUCCAAAUUACAACUGCAUCUGCAAUCACAAGUCAACUCAUAGGAAAUCGAAUCGUUGGCAAAGCACAAAUUCAACGGAUGGAAUUUGUUGACGUUGAUAAAACGUUUGGCCUUCCACAAGAAGCAUUCACUAGUCUUUCUGAUUUAGCUCGAGGAAUUAUUACUAGGGCAAUCAAUAAAAAGUUAGCUUAUGGAAUUCCAAUGAUUAUGCCAAACAUAAAUUUACCUGUUCAAUUAUAUAAUAUUCAUUUGCGAGUAAUCGAACAUGCAUUAUACAUUACCACCGACGCUAAUAUUCCAUCAUUAGCAUAUCGUUCACCGUAUCAAACAUUUGCCGAAUGUUCAUAUUAUUAUUAA